AUGCAGCUUGUCCUAGGCCAGCGGUGCCACCUCGUACUGGCUCUAUUCAUCCUACUGCAGCUGGCCGAGGCUUGCUCGGCCGCCGCCGGCAACAACGAGACGGACCGCGCCGCUCUGCUGGCGUUCAAGCACGCCGUCUAUGGAGGCGGCCACGCCGACCCGCUGAGCUCCUGGAAUGACUCCUUGCCCUUCUGCCGGUGGCGUGGCGUCUCGUGUCACGCUGGCAAUGGCAGAGCGACCGCGCUGGUGCUCGCGUCGUUGGGUCUUGCCGGCGCUAUCCCUCCGGCACUCUGGAACCUCACCUUCCUCUCGUCUCUUCAGCUGCCGGACAACGGGCUCACAGGGGAGAUACCUCCGUCCGUCGGCAGUUUGCGGCGCCUCCGCAGGCUGGACCUCUCGGGCAACCUGCUCGCUGGGGCCAUGCCGGCAGAGGCGGCCCUGCUCACAAAUCUGACGCACCUCGAUCUCUCUCGCAAUCUGCUCUUCGGCCCUAUCCCACCCAGGCUCGGCCGUCUCGGCGGCGCUCUGGUAAAUCUGAACCUCUCCAAGAACCAGCUCAUGGGGAGCAUACCGACCUCCCUCGCCGGGCUGCCUUCGUUGCAGUGGAUCAGCCUUGGAAACAACAACCUCACCGGCAGCAUACCACCGCUGUUCGCCAACAUGACGGCCCUCAUCGGAUUCUCCUUCAAGUACAACAACCUUCGCGGUAGCCUGCCGGAGGACAUAGGCCAGUCCAGGAGCCUGCAGUACAUAGAGGCGGCCGGGAACGAUCUUAUUGGCGAGGUCCCGAUGUCUAUCUACAACGUCACCUCCAUCAGGAUGAUCGAGCUGUCUUACAACUCAAUAUCGGGGAGGCUCCGCCACGACAUCGGAGACCUGCUCCCGGAGCUCUACUUCCUCAGCAUGUUCGGCAACGAGCUCGUUGGACGGGUCCCAGCGAGCCUGGCGAACGCGUCGACAAUGCAGUGCAUCGCCUUGGGCGAGAACAACCUCGUUGGCGUGGUGCCCGCGGACCUUGGCGAGCUCAGGGAGCUCCUCUAUCUGAGCCUGAGCUUCAACAUGCUGCAAGCCAGCACACCUAGCGAGUGGCAGUUCGUGGACGCCCUGACGAAUUGCAGCAAGCUGCGUGUGCUCCACAUGUUCCACAACGAUCUCUCCGGCCAGCUGCCGGCGUCGGUUGCCAACCUGUCGACGGAGCUUGCGUGGCUGGACUUCGCGUACAACCGGAUAUCUGGGACCAUCCCCUCCGGUAUCGGCAAGCUGACGGGGCUGACAACCCUCCGGUUCCAGGCAAACAACUUGUCUGGGGUCAUCGCGGAGUCCACGGGCCUUCUAACUGGCAUGUUUGAGAUGCUCCUGUUCGGGAACCGGCUGACCGGCACGAUUCCGUCGUCGCUCGGCAACCUCACCAAGCUGACGCAGCUCGAGCUGAGCGAAAACGAGCUCGUUGGCGAGGUGCCGCCGAGCUUAGCGGGUUGCCGGGGCCUCGCCUACCUGAGUGUCGCCGGGAAUCGGCUCACUGGCACCAUUCCAGCUCAGGUCUUCACCAUACCGGCAAUGUCCUACAUCCUAAACAUGUCCAACAACUUCAUUUCCGGCGAGGUGCCACUGGAGGUUGGCCGCCUUCAGAGUCUCCAAACCUUGGAUCUCUCCAAUAAUAGAUUGACUGGUGCGAUCCCCGCAACGAUCGGCCGCUUCAGAAGUUAUAUCUCCAGGGCAACCUGCUCCGCGCUGGCGUCUCGCCGUCGUCAUUCGGGAGCCUCAAGGGCCUGGAGGAGCUGGACAUGUCCCGCAACCACCUGUCCGGCGACUUCCCACGCUUUCUGCAAGACGUGCCGUACCUGCGCCUCCUGA